UUGUACGUUUGAGGUGGCGUCUAAAAGUUCAAAAUAACAUCUUUUAAAGAAUUUAGUUUUCUAUAGGAAAUCCUGGGAGCACGUCGUGUUUAUUUCUAUCAAAUAUUAGGGUAAGUAAUAUCGCUUUAACACAUUUAUUUCCUGCCUGUGGUAAAUUAAGGCAUGUACGUCAUACUUACUUACUGAAGCAUGCAUUUUACGCCGUCUAUGGGGCAUAGGCCGUCCACAAGACAUGUCCAUUCAUCUGGGUCCUCUGCCAUGGCCGGUUCCCAAGCCCGGUUGCAAAAGGAGGAGGAUUGGCGAGAGGUCAGCUACCUCCAACAGAAAAAAAGUAAAACAAUUGCUAUGGAAACGCCAAUAGGAAGAUGUACGUCAUAGACGUAUACAAUUCGACAGAAACCGUAGGGACUACACACUACGAGUUCGUUUUUUCCUGCUCACUUGGAACCGAAACAUCUGCAUUUACUUUGAGGACGAUCAAGUCAUUGAGAAUUGGGGUGGGGGGCAAAGGAGCGUCCCCCCUGGAGCCAACCUCGAGGGGUUGCCUAAAUCUUAAAUUAUCCAGUGCAAAGAUACGAUUUUUUUAUCGAAGUGGCUAUUCGUACCCGGGUACCAGAAGUGAGAGGUUGGGAUUAAAAAAUAUUUAACAUUUUAUUGUUCGGUUUGUAAGACAAAAAUGGGGUAUCAAAUGAAAGAUAAUUGAAAGGACUAUAUGUUUGUAAACUUAAUUCUUCAAUUCAACUAAAAUAAACUACCACAAAUGACAUCCAAAUGAGAUUUAGUCUAAAGGAACCCGGGUACGCAUAGAAGCUGUUCGGACCUUGUUAAGUAGUUUCUUACUUGAGGCGCCACAGUAAAUAGCCAUUUAAAUAAAACCUUGAAAUUCGGGGGGGGGGGGCGCCAAAUGCCUCCCGACCUACCCAAAUUAUGUCUCUGAUGCCCAGUGUUACGAUAGAGCAACACUUGGCUACUCCAUGGGAAGAUGAUAACAGCUAGAAACUCUACUAUAAAUGACAGCUUUUCUGACAAUAAUCAUAUUUAUACCACAAACAAUGAUAUUUAUUCUUUAACAACCUUUCAAUGUGUUCUGCAUUAUAAAAUUUAAAUGUAAGAACUUUUUAACGUGUUGAUCAACUAGCUAAAGAUGAAAUAAAAUGAUGUACCUACAAUAUUGUGUCAAUAAAAAAGAUCAUCACACAGUAAAAUGUAUUGAUAAAUUCAUUUAUAUUAUAAUUCAUUUUUUUUUUUGUGAGGGGAAUGUUAGAAAAUGCUGACAUAAUUAAAUAGGGGGAGGGGUCGGUCAUUGAACGUUUGACAGUUGUUGAUACGGGGGGGGGGGGGGGGGGGGGAAAAAUUGCGUAUAAUUUGUUGACGUAAUUAAUGGACGACCCCUCUGUUUUUAAGUGCAUAAUGCCGGAAAAACUAACGUGUGCGCUAAAAUGCAUCUCUGCAUUUUGAUUUAAUCACAUGCUACUUGGAAGGUUACAUAGUGUGAGAAAUGUUAAGGUCAUGAUUUUAAGUUACUAUGCAAUUAUCUACUAAUGACAACAAUUCAGUUCACUUCAUAAAAACCUAUAAUUUGUAAUAUUCUCAGCAGCUCUCAAACUGACACAAUGGUGUGGGAAAUUAUCUCUUGGACCUUAGAGCUCACCUUCAACAUUGUAUGCUCCUUGACUCGGGCACUGGUGUGGACAUUCCAGCAAACCUUUUACAUGGUAUUAACUUGGGUUCUUCCUAAAUCAGGCUUGAUCAUUGUGCAAUCCAUUUCCUUUGUGUCUUCGUGGAUGCUGCCUGCAAUGGGCUGGAUAUUACAGCAAAUUUUUCACCUUGUAUGGAAUUACCCACAGGCUGUGAUAGUAUCUAUUCUCGGGGCCUUGCUGACGACUGUUGCGUUUUCCGUCAUGGGCUUAACCAGCGGUAAUGUACUGGUUUUAUUUGACUUAUGUUUUGAAUGUCACGUAAAACUCAGAACGAAUUGAACAUUUAAAUUUUUUACAGCCUUCUCUUUCUGGUUCAAGUGCGUAUUCAAUCAAAAUAACAAACAUGAGAUGUAAUGAUUUGGGGGAAAAGUAGUGGUGGGGGAGGGGGUGGCCUCACAAAAUGUAAGCUAAAGAUAAUAAAAAAAUAAAUUUAAAAAAACCAAGACGGCUUGGAGGUGUUGGCAUGCAAAACGGGCAUUUUAAAAUAUUCUUUAUUGCGAUUAAAACUAUUUUUUUUUUGUAAAAUAGGAGCUAGAGAGAUAUAUAUUUUAAACUGGAAACAUUCCAUCAUACUUUUGCCUAGAUAGGUUUAGUGUCAACAUGGGUGGUACAAGACUUCUUUUCCACGAAGAAAAACUGUGCAGUUGGGCCGAAGAGGCCUCCUUUUCAUAUAAAGAAAAAUGUUCUGAACGGGCGGAGCGCCCCUUUCCCAACCCUUCCUACACCACUGAUUCCAUGGCACGCAAAUAAUUGGUUAUAUAUUGUGUUACUUACCGUGUAUAUUUGUUUGUUUUAAAUUUAUUUCUUAUGAAAUAUAAUCAGAGGUGUUUUGAAAAUAUUUUGCCUUUUAAAGAAAAUAUUUUAAUUUAAUUAACUGAUUUAUGUCCAAACUGAAAAUUGCAUUGUAUGUCCAGCAUCAUCUGCUAGGGUGAGCCGACAUUGUUUGUGUGUUGUUGUGUGUGUGUAAGGGGGGGGGGGUCUGAAGAUCGGGUUUAAGAUCACCUUUCUCAGUAUCAGUUUAGGCUACAGACUAAAGAAGCUGUGUUUGUAGAGGUUGGGUCUCCACUAUAACACAAGUAGUGGAAACACACUGUAACACAAAGAGUGGAACCGCACUGUAGCACAAGGAGUGGAACCACACUGUAGCACAAGGAGUGGAACCACUCUGUAACACAAGGAGUGGAACCACACUGUAACACAAGGAGAGGAACCACACUGUAACACAAGGAGUGGAACCACACUGUAACACAAGGAGAGGAACCACACUGUAACACAGAAGAGGAACCACUGACAUUGUGUUCCUCACCUUGGUGUGACAUUGUGUUCCUCUCCUUGCACACUGUAACACAAGGAGUGGAACCACACUAUAACACAAGGAGUGGAACCACACUGUAACACAAGGAGAGGAACCACAAGGUAACACAAGGAGUGGAACCACACUGUAACACAAGGAGUGGAACCACACUGUAACACAAGGAGAGGAACCACACUGUAACACAAGGAGUGGAACCACACUGUAACACAAGGAGAGGAACCACACUGUAACACAAGAAGAGGAAUCACUCUGUAACACAAGGAGUGGAACCACACUGUAACACAAGGAGUGGAACCACACUGUAACACAAGGAGAGGAACCACACUGUAACACAAGGAGUGGAACCACACUAUAACACAAGGAGUGGAACCACACUGUAACACAAGGAGAGGAACCACACUGUAACACAAGGAGGGGAACCACACUAUAACACAAGGAGUGGAACCACACUGUAACACAAGGAGUGGAACCACAAAGUAACACAAGGAGUGGAAACAUACUGUAAUACAAGGGGUGGAACCGUACUGUAACACAAGGAGAGGAACCGCACUGUUACGCAAUAUUUUUUUUUUUAUCUGUGAGUGAAUAUACGAGAAUCGAAAACCAUUCCCCGACCGUGUUACAUCCGAAUAUGAGUUCAAGCUAAGAGAAAGAAAUAUUUAGGACAAGUUGAAGUUUGAAUAACUAAACACGAUAAUGUAACGAAUUUUGCAACUGUGAACCUUUCUCUGAUACAAGAGGAUGUUACAGAAAUUGAACCAAGCUCAACACUGCAGGAUUUCUUUUAUAAGUGUAACUAAGUUGAAAAAGUAUAUAAUCAUUAAAAUUUCACAUUAGCUUUCACAUUUAUGCUGUACCACAAAUAAUACCUUUCUAACUCAGUUCUCAACCCAUGGGCUGUGUCUCCCCUCGGGGUUGCGAAAUGUUUUGUGGUUGACUCUCCGGCUAUAUAUGUAACUCAAUCGAAGAAUGGUUUCAAAGGAAUUUACAAUUUGAACACUUGUCUUAAAGUUUAAAUACUAUCUUAACACUUUCAUUUGACUCUACACAUCUCUCUGUGAGAAAGGAUUUUCAACGCUUCUACAUUUAGAAAAAAAACAAAAAAGAAAAAAAAAACAAGAAUGGUGGGUUACAAUGUCAAUCAAUGUAAUAAAUGUGCCGCAAAGUUAAAUUAUUAAGUCAAAUUUAUGUUCUGUUUACCGUCUUAUCUUUUGAUGUAUCGGGGUCGCGGGUAACUUGCAUUUUUUUAUAAAUGUGAUCGACAGUACUCUAUAGCAGGAAUAUUCACAUUUUUCUUAUUAACAUUUAAAAGUAAGACUUCUUAUUUAAUCUAGCGCGCGAACAAAUUUUAACGUAACCAUUUUAUGGUCUUCCGCGUGCCGAUGAAAAUUGCUAUGCGUGCCAAGUCUUGCACGCGUGUCACAGGUUGAAUGUAGUUGUUGCUAAGAGAGUGUUUGGCGAGGGGCCAGUGUUUUUGAGGUGCGUCGUGUUUACUAGGAAAACGUACAUGUAAAUAAAAUAUUAUUUCCAAUGAAUGGAAAAUUAUAAAUCAAUUAUACAUUUAUUAUAGAAAUAUAUGCUCGUUUUUUUUCCAGCUGGCAUGCUUGAGAAAUCCUUCGGAGCCUGGAUCAUGUCAGUCGUUAGCUAUUAUGGAUAGGGGCUGCCAUUGCUGUCCUUCAAGUUAGCAGGAGCCCUAGGCACGACCAGUGGCUGGAUGGUAGUGGCAGGAGGGAUGGUUGUUUGUGCUUUCUCUUACGUUUUCAGCCUGAUUUUUUCAUGAUUAAUGGCAGUUGAUUAUCCAAAAUUUGCAAACAUGAUAUGGCCACGUCAUAAAUGAAUUCGCUUGAAAACAUUUAGGUGGACUUAACAUUUUCAUUUGCUAGUGAAUGUUAGAAAUAUAAUUAAUUUCCUAUCACUACAUUAAAUCAUGAAAGAUUAAAAGGUGCGCAGUGAACUUGCAAAAAUAAAUUAAGAAUACAAAACAUUUAAGGUUAUGGCGAAUGCCCCAAAAACAAACUAUGUAUAAUUGGUAAAAACAAACAAACAAAUAAACAAAGCAUUCUAGUUACGCCACUGGGUUUGUUCAGCGCGCUUCUUGAAAUGUGUGUCGUAUUUGGUGAGAUCACUACAAAAAAAAAAUCAUUUAAUUGCACUAUUCAUUUUGUUUCAUAACUUAUCAAACUUGAAAUUUUGUAUUUAACUUCGUUUUGGGAGCAAUUUUCAUAUGUGAUAUCAAUUCAUGUUUCAUUUUAUAUCUGAUUUUAUUGACGACAUUUGAAAUUCUUGUCAACGACA